CGCCGUGUAGCGCCGUGCUACUGACUCGGCUGCUACUGCCGCAGUAGCACGUUGGUAGUCAGUAGACAAUGAACUUGAUACUCGCGUGAUACUCGUGUGUGACACAGCGAGUAGGAGACUGCUGCUGAGUGUGAACUUGACAUUGGAAUGUGUGUCACAUAAAGAGAAAUCAACGUAUUUAGACAUUCCAUAUAUCUUAUUUCGAAUUAUUUCUUAUAAACUUCUGAGAUAAUUAUAAUAGAUAAGUAUAAUUAAGGAAGAGACAGUUGAAGGUAAUGUUAUAAAAGUGCUAAAAGGUUGACGAUUAAGUGACGAAAGUGUAGCAAGAUGAUGUGUUACCCCUGGAUAUAAUGAACGUGGUGAUGAUUUUGCUGCUGAUGAGUCUGCUGACGAGAAUGGCGUCCGGUCUGGUGAUGCCGGUCAGCAAUGGACUGGAUCAGCUCGUCAAAGCCGCUUCAUCCACUUGUGACAUUCUCCCGCUGGAGGUGCUGUUCAGCUGGGCGUCGACCCCGGAGCUGGAGCUGGUGGAGUACUCCCGCGCCGGCCGGCGCAGCUACCAGCUCGGCCGCGCGCACGCCCGCCUGCGCCGCCGCCUGCCGCCCAGCCUCGUGCUGUACAUCCCGGGCUGGUGGAACACGCCCACCGACGAGUCCGCCGAGACCCUGGUGAAAGCCCUGCUCCACAGGACCCCGCUGAUAUUAGUGUUGGACACGCGAGCGACGUUCUGCCGCGGGUACGUCGGCUCCGCCACCCGCGUCAGCAGCGUGUCCAAGAAAAUCUACAAAUUCAUCAAAAACAUCAACUCUGAAGGGUAUCCUAUCGCAUCUAUCCACUUGAUAGGCUUCAGUUUGGGUGCGCACGUCGCUGGGAUGACGGGCAGGCUGGUGCAGAGCCGGCUGAACGAGAAGAUCGGGAAGAUCACGGCGCUGGACCCGGCGCGCCCGUGCUUCACGCAGCUGCCUCAGUACCGGCUCAGUCGCGGCGACGCGAGCUUCGUGCAGGUCAUUCACACGAGCGCGGGCGUGCUGGGCCUGGAGCAGCCCGUCGGACACGCCGACGUGUACGUCAACGGCGUCUCGUCCCCGCAGCCCGAGUGCAAGGAGCGCGCGGUGAGCCUCGACUGCGACCACGCACAGUCUUGGAAAAUCUUCGCCACUUCGAUAACCAACGACCGCUCCUUGUUGGGCAGGAAGUGCGAAAGCUGGAACGAGCUCAGCGAUGGACGGUGCAGCGGGAAUGAGACCGCGGUGGGCUACGGGUGUAAUACGAGCACUCGGGGCAUGUUUCUGCACAAGAGUCAAGAAGCGGCUCGGAAGCUGUGGACCUUCAGUCCGUUUGAUAUAAGGACUUGGUGGCUUGGCUGAUUGUGACCUGCCAGACUUUGUCGUAGAAUAAAAUUAAUUGUCUGGUAAAAAACUCCACUAUCUAAAGUGCCUUUCGAUAGUCCAUGUACAAGACAUUUGUGAAACUUAUCAUUGAAUUAAUUAACAAUACCGUUUGUUAUAACUAAUUCAUGGACAAUAUUAAUUGACUCAAAUUAGUUCACUGCGAGUCGAUUCACGAGCUCUCAUAACUGUACCAGCACCGGUGUAUGUGUGUGUCAUCAGUUUAAUUAAUCAGUUUACAAUAUCAGCACGUAAGAAAUACUAUGACGUCAUGAUACGACAUUCGUUGUACGAACACAAGCUGAAAAAUGUUCUACUUCGUGAUUAAAUGUAUAUUUAAACAGACGAUUAACUAAGUAUGCAAUGUUAAUUUUAGUUACGUGACUGUGAUUUAAUUAUGUUAAUAAGUAAAUAAGUUUACAAAUUGUAUAUUAUUAG